AUGUACCUGCUGCAGCCUUUACUUUUACUAUGUCUUUGCGCAGUGCAAACGAACGCAAUCGUUGGUGGGCUGGAAGCAGAAGCCGGAGAAUAUCCGUCUGCGGUCACGCUGCAGGUCUAUAACCAAGUCAAAAAAAAAUGGCUCACCGUGUGCGCCGGAUCGAUAAUCGAUCGCGAAUGGGUCCUCGGAGCUGCGAAUUGUUUCUACUUUGGAAGCCGUAGAACUCCGGCGAAUCAGUACCGAAUCGUAGCUGGGAGUACCAGGGUAACUUCGACAAGCUCAGACGAUGGAAUUACGCAAGUCAUCCAAGUCGCCGAUGUCGUCAUCCACCCGGAAAUGAAAGUUGAUGACAAACCGAAUGAUGAACUGGACCUCUUUAUCUACAACGAGCUUGCCUUAAUCAAGUUGAGCAAACCCCUCAAAUUCGGGAAAACAGUCCAGAAAAUCUUCAUUCCAUUUCCGGAAAACUCUCUGAUCAGCAAGGGAAAGCUGGUUGAUGUGAUGGCUUGGGGGAAAACGGGGAUGGAUGAACCAGCCGCCGAGCAUCUACGCUAUUACCGUACUUCGAUUCAGCCCAAAAAACGUUGUGAUGAUGCUUGGAACUACAAAUUCCCCUCGGAAAUUAUUUGCCUGAUGGCAAAUCAGUUUAAAGGCGUUUGUAAUGGAGACUGGGGUGCCGCAGCUGCCCGGAAAAUUCAGCAUGAAGGCGAAGAGGUUUGGGUGCAACUCGGCAUGCCAACUUGGGGCAGUCUGGACUGUCGAUGGGAUGACUUUGCGCCAGUCGUCGGCAUGGACACGACGAAAUAUUGCGACUUCUACAAAAAGACGAUCGGCAGGGAAAUUUGCCAGCGACUGCAGGAGGAU